CAUAUCCAUCCACCUUGCGCAUCGUUUUCUACAAACCAUCCUCUGGAAACACGUUCUAUUCUAUUUGAUAUAGGUUGUACUUCAAACAGUUGCGUGUUCUCAAACUACUGUCCUGUUGCAAGCUUGCACUGUAGAGCCUUCGACAUUGACACUCGACAUACAUAUCUAGCCAUUAAAUCCCGCCAGAACACCCGCAAACAUCGUCUGACAAUGUUUGGACGAUUUCGUCAGGCAGGAAUCAAUGUCGUUCUCUAACCCCUUCUCCUUAUCCUCGUCUCGUCCAGGCAACGGUAACAUUCUUGUCUCUCUCCUUCCUCCAUCAACACCAGUCUUGCAGACUUUAUCUUAUCAGUACCCAUUGAAACUGAUCGCGCCGAAUCCAAUCACGGCCAAUGACCGUCUAGUGUACACUGUCUUCAUUCUGACAUAUGGAGGAGGUCUAGUCGCUGGCGAUACCAUCUUGCUGGACGUUACUCUUGCGCCAUUGACACGGUUGACACUCCUCACCCAAGGCAGUACGAAAAUCUACAAUACACCAGAUCGGAAGAAGCUCACUCAACAAUAUACGGUCGCAUCUAUAGCGGACGGUAGUGCCCUUUGUUAUCUACCAGAUCCGGUCCAGCCGUUCGCAAGGAGUGCAUUUUCGCAAACUCAAGUCUAUAAUCUGCAAUCUCGCACUAACAGCAGCAUCUGCGUCUGCGACUGGGUUUGCGAGGGUCGACCAGCUAGAAAUGAGACUUGGAGCUUCUACUCUUACACCUCGAAAAACGAAGUCUGGCUUACUGGCAGUGGGGAAUUGGAGGCUCCGCAGAAGAAGCGAUUGCUGAUCCGUGACAACCUAAUCAUGGACGACAACGGAAGCUUCAGUACCGGCCUUCGUGAGCGCGUUGAUGGUCAGGGCAUUUUUGGCACUUUAAUCAUCCAUGGCUCCAUGUUUGAACAACUCGGCAACCAUUUCAUGAACGAGUUUGAGCACUUACCUAGGAUGGGCAAUCGUAAGUGGGACGACCAUGUAGAGCAGGUGGUCACCGACCCUAUACAGGCAGCAAGACUAUCACGCCAAGGACGAGAGAAGACGGAUGGAUUGCUUUGGACAUCUGCGAAAGUUCGGGGAAGCGUUUUGGUCAAGUUCGGAGCGAAAGAGGUGGAAGGUGCCAGAAGAUGGCUUUAUGCGAUGUUCAAAGCAGAAGGUACUGUGGAGAGAGAGUUCGGUGAGCGAGCACUGCUGUGCCUACGGUAGGUCAUGGCCUGAUGAGUCUAUACAAUCCAGAGUCGUAUUUCAUAUCUAUGAGGGCAGAAUACCUUACUGUUCUGUGAAUGGGC